AAGUGAAAGCACAGGGGGAGGUGCAGUCUCAGACCGGCCACAUUCUCCUCUCUUCCUGCCCAGCCUCCAGCUGGCCUCUCCUUCAGCUUAGCUCAGCCGCCUGCAUUCAGCCCAAUGUCCAGCUACGAAUUCAGCCCCGUGAGGUCAGGGGAGGAACCCUGCUGCCAGAUCUCUAAGAAAGCCCUGGUUGGUUUCGGCGUCGGGCUGCUGGUGGUGAGCCUCGCGGUGGUGGUCGCGGUCGUGGUCCUGAAGGUGCGCUCGCCACCUGAGCUCUUGGAGUGGCACGGGCGUGGCACCACCAGCCACUUUUCCGAGAUCGUCCUGGGACGAUGCUUCACUUACACUCAACUCAUCCGGCCGGAGCUGAGAGAUCAAGACUGCCGAAAGAUACUGGAUGCAUUUAAAAGUGCAUUUCUUUCCAAGAAUCCUUGCAACAUCACAAAAGAAGACUACCAACCACUACUUAAGCUGGACACUCAAACUAUAGCCUGCAACAAGACUCUGUUUUGGAGCAAAUUAAAAGACCUGGUCCAUCAGUACACAGGGGUGCAGCAGGAGCUUUUCACCCUGGAGGACACGCUGCUGGGCUACAUGGCUGACCACCUCACAUGGUGUGGAGACCCCAGCACUUCUGACUUGAACUAUCAAUCUUGCCCUCACUGGAGGAAUGACUGCAGUAACAACCCUGGUUCAGUGUUCUGGAAAGCAAUUUCCCAGAAGUUUGCAGAAGCUGCCUGUGGUGUGGUCCAAGUGAUGCUCAAUGGAUCCCUCACUGAACCCUUUGACAAGAACAGCAUUUUUGGAAGUGUGGAAAUCUUUAAUUUGCAUCCAGAGAAAGUUCAUACGGUACAGGCCUGGGUGAUGCAAGAUAUUGGAAAAGGUCCCAGUGAUUCAUGCUCAGGGUCCUCCUUGAAUGAGCUGAAAUUGAUUGUGAACAAGAGGAAUAUGACAUUUGUCUGUCAGAAUAACUAUAGGCCCGCCAGGUUUGUCCAGUGUGUGAAAAACCCUGAACACCCAUCUUGCAGAUCUCUCUAAGAUCUGAGCCACGGCUGCUUUAGAUCUGUGACUCCUUGCAGUAGACACCCUGUGCGGGACUCAGAAGUCACACUGGAGGAGAGCCGAAGCCAUGGGGAGGGAGCAUCCUCUAUCACUAUGUCAACGUGGGAGAUGGGCACCUUUCCCCCCAAAGUCUUAAAAUAACUUCUGUUAUAGGCAUAGUUCUUAUUGUGUUCUACUAAUAAUCAAGAAAAAAAAACUAUGUUAUAAAAUCAGAAUGAAAAUUUUAUAUUAAGUUA